AUUUUUUUUGUACGUGUGCCCCUUACUCCAUUUGCGGGGAUUGGACCCUCGAGAGAAGGUCGUAAAUCCGGAAAAGUGUCUUGGUUGACAGAAAAGUUCGCUACUACCCGCAUGUUGGGGUUGGGGUAUCCGUCUUUGUCUGCGCUCUCCGCCCGCCUAUCUCAACUUCCGUAAACCCUUCCCUCUCGCAUAGUGUACCUUUCCUCCCCAUCAAUGCACUGUACAUUCAGUCCAGUUAUGAAUUCUCCAGCCCUGCCCCAAAAUAGCUGCUUCAUAUCCGUUCCAUCAUAUCUUUCCACCGCUUCAAAAUCCCAAUGUCUCUCACUCGCUUCACGGCCUAGUAAGCUCCACCUCUCUUGCUCCUACUCUUCAUCCUCGCUCUCUUUACCUCUGUCCUUCAGGAGGGUCCGACCCAAACCCCAUCUUCGAUCACUGAUUUCUGCCUUAGCUUCCCAACAAGAAGAGGACAACACCAUCUUUCUCGACGAGCAGGACCAAGAUGAAGACGAAGAUUUUAUUGAAGCUUUCAAUUCCGAGGGAGAUGCUGGAGAGAGUGACGAUAUGUUUGGUGAAGAUGCCGGCGAGUGUGUAGAACCGCCGGAGGAUGCAAAACUAUUUGUAGGGAACUUGCCUUUUGACGUGGAUCAUGAAAGCUUGGCUAGGAUUUUCCAACAGGCUGGGACUGUUGAGAUUGCUGAGGUUAUUUAUAACAGGGAUACUGAGCAGAGCCGAGGGUUCGGGUUUGUGACAAUGAGUACUAUUGAAGAAGCUGACAAAGCAGUUCAGGUGUUCAAUCGUUAUGAGUUAAAUGGAAGGCCCUUGGUAGUCAACAAGGCCGCUCCAAGAGGAACAAGGCCAGAGCGUCCCUUUGAACCUUUUUACAAAGUAUAUGUGGGGAACAUUCCUUGGAGUAUGGACGACUCACGCCUUGAGCAAAUGUUCAGCUUACAUGGCAGAGUCACUAGUGCUCGUGUGGUUCGUGACCGAGAGAAUGGCCGUUCCAGAGGCUUUGGCUUUGUGACUCUGUCCAGCGAGGCCGAAAUGAAUGAUGCCAUUGCAAGUCUUGAUGGCAAGAAUCUCGAAGGGAGGGCAAUCAGAGUCAACGUGGCUGAAGAGAGACAACGACGGAACUUUUAAAUGUUCCAUUGGCUAAUCUUUGAUGUGGUCAAGAAAGAUAUCGUGUAGUUUCCCUUUUGUGCAUUUAUCAGUUUUGACUUUUAAUUAUGAACUAUAUAUGCCUAUAUGGUGUAGUUAAAACAAAAGGUGUGUUUCCAUGAUGUACUUUAAUGCUCAAAGUGGUACAACUUUGAGGCAGCGUUUUUUUUAGUUUAUUAUCCAAAAUUUAGGGAGGUGUCCUCGUCACGUAUUUUAAAAGAUUUUAAUGGAGUUUAGAAUUCCAUCCAAAUUCGGGUGUCCUCAAUUUGGAUUUCCAUGGAGUCUUUAAAAAUUCAGGUAUCCUCAAACAUUCUAUGGAAUUCACUAACUAUCUACUUUCAUAGAUUUUAAAAGAUUUUAAUGGAUUUCUAUGCCAAAUAAGAGC